AUGAGCUCUGGACCGGCAUCACAGGAUUCUUCGCUCUCUGCAGCGACAUUCCUCGCUUCGAUCUCCGCCGAAUCUACCGUCGCAUUCGAGCCCGGCACGUCCUCUUCGGCACCCGGCUCGGCCCCUGCACUGCCCAUCUCGGCCAAGGUUUCUCUCAUCGAUGCUCAGAUCGACGCCUUGGAAGGCCAAGCGGAGAGGGAAGUGACAGCUCAUGCUGCAGAGCUGCGUGCAAGGGCUGCCUCGACGCGCGCGGUCGAUCACGACCUCGACCGACUGUGGCUUUCCAUCAACCAGACAAGCUCUCGCCUUGUGACUGUCGGUCCUCAAGUGGCUCCAAAGGCGAUCGAGUAUCAUGAUGCCCUCGCACAGAGCUCCAAACAGGCGCUUCUGCUCUCGGUCCUCUCAGACUUGCUUGCCUCCACGAGGCUGCUCGAGCGCCUCGAAAAGCUGCAAACCCAGUCCGAUCUGGCGGCCUUGCGAAGCGAGCUCCCAAUGGUCGCUCAGGUCAUGGAGCCAUUCCGUUCUCGGCCAGCCCUCAAAACUAUGCCGGCGAUCGUCGAGCUCGAGAAGCGCUUUGAACGUCUCCAAACGCUCAGCACAGAGACGACCGCAGCGUCCACUCGAGCCUCCAAUGCUACACCACAGUCGCCACAGCCAGCUCCAAGCGACUCGGCAGUCGCAACGCAAGGUGCUGCGAACGCAAAGGAAGCGCUACAGUCCGAGCAGGCUCUUUCGCCCGCAUUGAAAGUUCUUGAGGCGGCUCGAGCCCUGAUUGUUGCGGGUGGACCUGAUGCUGGCUGGAAGGAAGUUCAAAUCGAGCUGGACGCACCCGCACUUCCCCCCGGCGCUCAGACCACGGCAACACCUCCUGCGCAACCUGCCGUGCAGCCUGCUGCAGGAUCUCAACGAUCGUCUUCCGACGUUCACCGUGGUCUUCUAUCUCGGGAAGACCUCACGCAAGAAGGCACGUCUUUGACGCGCAAUUCCUCCUCGUCAUCAUCAGCAGCAGCGGCCGGGGCCCGCAGCAGGCACAAACCGAAGCUUGGCGCACGUCUUAUCCGUCCACAAGACCAACUCGGCAGCGGACCUUUCAAUGCCGAGGAUGCAGCGCUGGAAGAGGACGGAUGGGGACUGGACGACGACGAUCACGAAGAGCUGGAGUCGGCCCCUGCUCUUGACGAAAGCAUUCAUUCUGCGGGACAGCCUACGUCGAAUCAGUCGGUCAACCAAUACCCCCAUCAAAGUGUGGCAGCCCUGGCUCGCGACGAUUGGCAUUCUUCACCCAGCAGCUCGGUCAGGAUGCGAGCAAGUAUGAGCUCGAGCUCGUCGCAGCGAAGCGCUUUCGCGAUUCAAGAGCUCGAAACGCCAGCAGCUGCUUCAGGCGCCGAAGUUGACGCCUGGGGGCUCGGCGAAGACGAAGUUGCCGAUGGCCAUGAUCAUCACGAUGAAGCUGAAGCUUGGGACCUCGAUGACGAUGAUGAUGUCGUCGACGCAGAUAUGAAGCAUCCUCAGGCUGCGGCUGUGGCGGUUGCUGAUCCCCCGAAAGUCCCAGCAACCGUCGUCGAUUCUUCACCUCAGGCUGCCGUCCUUCAGAGUGCGGCACCGACCCAUCAGUCGGAGGCGCCGAAACCUUCCGACAUGAUCCCUGGCACGCCGUUGAAGGAUCACAAUGGCCACAGCGAUGUGGCACCUCCCUACACGCCAGCUACCGAUGCAUGGGGUCUUGAAGAUGACAUGGAUGUUGAGGAUGGCGAAAACCCACCAGCCCCAUCAGCAGCGCUCAUUGAUGCCUCACUCAAGGAUGUCGAGGUCGACAGCAUGGCGACGACCAACCCUGCAAAAAGCUCUGGGACUCCUCACAGGGGCAACGCGGUUGCAAAGUCCUCGGACGAAGAUACUUCGAAUCAGGACGUUGCACCUCGUGAGCCUUCGAAGGCAGACACUCCGCCUGUCACUACAGCGCCUGACGCGUGGGGGCUCGAGGACGAUGACGACGCCGAGGACGAUCCCUGGGAAGCAGAGGAGCAACCACAGCUGGUCAGCAAUGAUCGCAGAGAAUCCCCUCUGCAAGCUCCUGUCCAACUCAACAGCGGAACGUCUGACAGCCUCGCACUGCCACCUCCGCGACCAUCUACGUCCUCCGCGGCCUCAGGGCCCACAAAGCUGCAGCACUCCGCUGCGCAAGCGUCGACGAAAGCGGGCGACACUGCAGAACAGGAGCCGGAACCAGAUGCGUGGGGAUUCGAGGAGGGCUCCAGCGCUUCCGAGGCAGACCAAGUCGAACGGAUCACUGCCAUUUCUCCAGUGAAGGAGGCUCCAUCAAAGCUUGCGGCUGUUGGAUCACUCGGCGUUGAUUUGCCAAGUGAGAUCAAGCAAACGACGCCUCUCUCCACCGAAGAAGAUCCGGGACGAGUCGCUCCUGUCAAGGACAGCUUCGCUGCCCCCUCGGAAACGCCUGAAGAGCCCGCGAGACCUCCAUCGCCAUCGCCAUGGGGCGAAGACUUUUCGGAUGCCGAAUCUACGGGCUUGCCUGAGCCGCAGGCUUCGGACACACCAAGCCCAGCGAUUGCUGUCCGUUCAGCGGGCCCCAGCAUCGAGCGGUCGGGCUCGGGUCGUCGAGAGCUCGAUGCGCAGCCCGUGGACGAGUUAAAGUCAGCGGCGCUUGGCCAGCAGACCGCUCAAAAGGAACCGAUCAAGAAGGAAGCGUGCGUCAUCAGCAAGAGAUCGCAAGACCUUGUCAAUUUGGCCGAGUCUACCAUGGCCACGGUCAUCGGUCUGCUGCGAGGCAGCGACUCCAAUGGCGGCAACGUCGACGAUGCUGAGGCGCUGGCUGGCACCAUCUACAAGAUCUUUGAGCUGCAUCGGGCGCUGAUGCCGGUUGCGCACGGCGAGGUGCUUCGGGACGUGCCUGCGCUGGCAAUGCAGUUCUUCAACGAUUCCGAGUAUCUGGCGCGGGAGCUCGCUCGACUCGUGGAAGAAAAGGGCCAAGCAAUCUCGGCGGCAUGGGCCCAACGGGAUGCGGAAGGCGCCAAGCGAUGGAGCACCAAGGAGAUGGUCAAGCUGGAGCAGGAAGCGGCUUUGACGCGCGCACUUGGGCAGCGAUGGUUCGAGGCGCAGAUGACGACGCAGACCAAGAUUCUGCUCGACACGAUCGUGGAGGCGGAUGGGUUUGCACGGACGUUCGACGAGCACCGAUUCGCGCGUUGCGAGCGGUGCAUCAAGCAGGUGGUGCAGACGCUGCAGCAGCUUGCCAAGGCUUGGCGUGGUGUGCUGGUGGCGUCGCGGUACCACGCAGCUAUGGGACGACUGGUGGAUCUGGUGUUUCAAAAGGUGCUGCAUGACGUGCUCGACUUGGAGGACAUUGGCGAGAGCGAGUCGGAGAAGAUUGCCUCGCUGGUCAAGACGCUCGGCAGCCUCGAGAGCGUGUUUGCGGCCGAGGGCGAGCAACAGAGCUCUGCGCCGUUGUGGGUGCCGAGCUGGUUCAAGACGUCGUACCUCAUCGAGAUCCUCACGGGCUCGCUGGUCGACAUCGAGUUUCUCGCCUUUGAGGCGGGCGCGCUCGUAGACUACAGCCGCAAGGAGCUUGCGGGACUGGUCAAGGCGCUGUUUGCAGAUACACCCAAACGCAGCAGGCUGCUGCAAAAGAUCGAGACGGCUUCGGUCGACGUCCUCGCGCAUUGA